AAAUCAGUGUGGAAUCUUGUUUGAAUAUGCAAAAAUGAGCAAAGACAAGAAGAUCUGAUCAGAUAAUUUAGAGGAACUUCACUACUCAAAAAAAAGUCUAACAGUAGUAGGCGGGACUGUCAAGAGUAGAACCAGAAAGCAAGUUGUAACAGAGAGUGUCAUAGACAGAAAAAGACUAGACAGAGCAGGGGAAGUCUGACCAAAGUGCUCGGCCUCUUCCUGCCUGACGAUCAGCUCAGGAAGUUGAGGCAGAAACUGAGGGGAGGGCUGACAGAGAAACAUAUUUCCCUUUGCCUUUUGGUUUUUCCUUAUUCAGGCCUGCUGCGAUCAACAGGACGAAGAAAAAAGGGGGGGCAGAGAAAAGGCGGGGUUUUCGAUGGAGCACAGAGAGAGACAGAGUGACAGAGAGCAGCUGAACACUCAAUCUGUGGAAAUAUAAUGGAAGCCAGCGUUGUUUCCCAGGACGCAGACCUUACAAGCCCUCUGACAGGACCACUUGACACUCCAUCCAUCCCCUCUCCUGCCUCCAUCCCUCCAUCUUCUCCCCUCUCUCCACCCUCCCUGCCCUCCUCCAACCCUCCGGUCCGGCCAUGUCGACCCAAACCGCCACCUCCUACGGUGAAGUCCUCCCAGCUCCCCUCUUCUCCUCCUCUACCUGCGUCCACUCAUCCAACCCUUCCUCCCCCUCUCCCUCCUGUCUCCAAACCUCCUCCCCCUCUCACUCCCAUCUCCAAACCUCCUCCCCCCAUCUCCUCCAAUCCUCCUCCUCCCUCCAUUCCUCCCCCUCUCUCCUCCAACCCUCCUCCCCCAUCUCUUCCUCCUCCACUCUCCCCUACCCCAGUCUCUCCUUCUCCCCUGCUUUCUCUCCAGCCGACUCUCUCCUCUGAUCUUACCCCCUCUUUUACUCCUCCUCCUCUUCCUGCUCCAUUAUCGCCAACAAUCCCAUCCUCCUCAUCUCCACCUCCCCCUGUUAUCCCACCAUCCUCUCCAACUCCUCCAUCGCUGAGUCCUAUAGAUCGGCUGGUUGGGAGCGUCUCGGUAUGGCAGCCCAAAGGACUCAGCCAAGACCAAACCACUAGUAUAAUGGAGAAAGAGACGGCUGGGGCGUUCCUGGUUCACAGCACAGAGGACAAGGGCAUGACACUGUCAGUACGGCUGCCUGAUGAACAGGGGGCGCCGCUCGUACACAACCGGAUGGUCAAACAACACAAGACAUUUCUCCACUUAGAGGGCUCCUGUAUGGUUUUUGAUGACAUCUUCAAAUUGAUCUCCUUCUACUGUGCCAGCAGGGACAUUCUGGCCAUCCCGCUGAGGUUACCCCAGGCUAUUACCACGGCAACUAAGAGAGAGGAGCUGGAGGUCAUCUCUGCUAUGGGUGCAGAUUUCUGGAUGUCCGAUCUGAACCAGCAGGCAAAGGACCAGGACCUGGUUUUGGAUCAGAACCACAGCCGACCGUACCUGUAUGUCAACCCAGUCACUGUGGAGGAGAGCCCCAACAAAGACCUGAACCACUCCUCCAUCUCUAAACUUGAUAUCAUCCCCAAUCCAAACAUCACCUCCUCCCUGCAGAAUGGAGAAGCCCCACAGAAGAUCAGCACAGAAGUCAAAGGUCAGACUAGAACCACGACCAACCAGGAGACUAAAUACAAGCGCCCACCACCCCGACCCCCAAGCCUGGGCUCAGGGUCUGGGACGGGCCUCCUCUUCUCCUCCCACCCCUCCCCAUCUUCUGUAACUCUAGCAGAUGAGAGAAAAGAGGAAGGAAGGGGAGGAGUAGGGGAGAGAGAAGAGAGGAAGUCUACAUCACUUACUCCAUCGAGGCCUCCUGUCCCCCUGCAGAGCCGAGCCGCUCCCCCACUGCCUCCUGCUCCUCUCCGUCGCACCUCCUCCAGGAAGAGCACUGACCGAGAGGUAGGAGAGGGGACGGAGAGAGAGAAGGGACAAAAUCCUGCAAAGAAAACUGAGAGAGAGGGGGGAGGAGAGAGAGGAGGGGAGAAAAGGGGAAGUAAAUCAGGUCAGAUGGGUGAGGGCGCUGAACAAGAGAACAGCAACCAGCAUCAAGAGGAGGAGGUGCAAAAGGACAGGGAAAAGAGAGAGAAAGAGGAUGAGAAGGAGGAGAAAGAGGUGAAAAUGGAUAAAGAGGAGGACAAACAAAAACCCAGCUCCCACUGUCCACCAUUAGUGAAGAGACCGUCCCGUCCAGUCCCUCCGCCAAGGAGGAAACCAUGUUCCCCAGACGCACCUGUGUGCCCCAACCAGGCUGGAGGAGGAUUAGCCAAUCAGACUGCUGGGAUGAGAGUACCCCCUCCCUCCCCGGCGCGGCGGCCAGAUGUGUCGCUGUACUCACCACAGGGGGGUACUGUGCUAGUAACUGAUCCAGACUCCCGCUCUACCAGCAGCACAGAGGAAGAAGGAGAGCUGAACCAGGAACAGGAGCAAAACCACAAUCGCCCUGCAGGGAGCCGCAGCCCAAAGGUAGCAGUAAAGAGAACCCCCACCACUGUUAUGUUGGACCGAGCCCGCUACCGCCUGUCCACCGUCCUCACUGGCCUCAUCAGCCACGAGCGCCGCCUCACACAGCGCAUCGUAGAGAUGGCCAGAGACCCUCUGAGCUACUUCGGUAACCUGGUAAAAGAGCACCGUGCGUUCACCUUGGAGACCAUGAUGAACCACUCCUCCUCCACUGAGCUGUUACAGGAGAUCAGACAGAUGAUGACUCAGCUGAAGAGUUACCUACUGCAGAGUACAGAGCUGCAAGCCAUGCUGGAGCCACAACAUCAGUACACACAAGACAAACUAGAAAGCAUAGUAGAAGUUGCUCUGUGUAAGAGUGUACUGAAGCCACUGAGGGAGCCAAUUUACCAGAGUCUGGAGAAACUGCACAGCAACGACGGCAGCAUGAAACAACUGGCACAGAACCAGUCUGGCGUCCUAGGCAGCACCACCACGGCAUUAGGAGUAACCACUGCCGUCCCCGAGGCCUCUGCUAUGGAGAAGAUCAGCAUCAAACUGAACAACCUCCAUCUGGAGUAUUCUCCCCAGAAAAAGAUUGAGCUUAUGCUGAAGGCCUGCAAGCUCAUCUAUGACUCCAUGUCUGUCAGCUCUCCAGGGCGGGCCCAUGGCGCUGAUGACUUCCUGCCAGUAAUGAUGUAUGUCCUGGCCAGAUCCAAUCUGUCCGCCCUGCAGCUGGAUGUUGAAUACAUGAUGGAGCUGAUGGACCCAUCAUUGGCACUAGGAGAAGGUUCCUAUUAUCUGACCACCACCUACGGGGCUCUGGAGCACAUUAAGACGUUUGACCAGCAGAGGUCAGCAACACGGCAGCUCAGCAGAGAGGUUCAGGACUCCAUCCACCGCUGGGAGAGACGACGCACGACCAACAAGGAACGCAUGGACCAAGGAUCUGUGCGGGACUUUCUGACAGUGUCUUGUCCAGAGAUUGGAACCAACCCAAAAACUCUGGGUGUCCUCCCCACCACGACAAUACAACAGCUAGAGGAGCAGUGUGCGGCACGCUUUGAACAAGACUCCUACAUGCUCAGUGCGUACAUGGAUGGUGUUCACCAGCCCCUGGCUCCUACAGAGCUGGCCCUCAGUGUUAAGAACAGUUCCCAACCUGGAACCUACUGCUUCGUCUAUCACCCUAUCGACCAACCUGUCAACCAGCCCCAGCCCGGCCGCAGCUGCCCGAGCGUCCCGCCUCCGGCUCCUCCUGCAGAAAGCUUCUUCCCAGCUGACUUCGUAGCUGUCGACACUGUGGAGCCGGAGGCGGAAGAGGAGAGUCUGAUUAGCUUGUAACUGCUCCAGCAUCACAGUGGCAGCUGCUGCAUCGCUAUGGUAACUACAUCACUGUGCUGACAGCAUUACUGUGGUGACAGCAUCAACAAACACAAUUUAGGUCAGUGUUAUUAUCUCAGGUCUCACUUGAAAUGUUGGUCAAAGUGAAACUUAAAUGAAGAAAACAUAAGUGAUGUGGGUUAACGAAUGCAGUAUAUGACAAACUAUGGUAUGUGAUGAAACGUGUAGUAUGACUCCCUUCUUUUGAACUCAUUUUACAUGCAUCACCAAAGAGAGCAGUGGCCGACUAAAAUGACACAACAGAGAGAUCAAUGACUGAUUUUGUAUCUCAACAUGGGGUCUGGAACCCCAGAGACUGCAGGAGGUUAUGGUUUUAUAGAAUGUAUAAAAAAUAUGUUAUUCUAACAUGCACAUAUUUGAUCAUGUUUAUACUCUAUGAUAUUUGAUGCUACUCCCUCUGAUGCUCAAGACUGUCUAAUGGGUAUGUUACUGAUUAUUGGUUCAGGAUUAUAUUAACAAAAUGAAUCUGUAAUUCCUUUAUAAAAGUCUACAGCAUUCAGAUCAAUACUUGUUUAAAGGUGGGAAAGGACAGGUAUAGUAGCAGCUAUAUUGACAAAAACUGUUAUUUUCAUGACCAAAUUUCCAGUAAGCAUCAAGAAUUUUCAUUCCACAUUUGUCUAUGUACUAAUACUGAAUGUAUUGUAAAUAAACUUUUACAAUUUGCCAAUGCU